AUGCGCGCCAGCCAAACAACCGGCAAGCGCAACCACCAGCACCAGGUCGCCGUCACAGCCGUCGCCAAAGCUUGCGCAUUAACCAACGCGACCACCGUCACACCGAGCGCCACGGCAGACGUACCCAUCAUGCCCUACAAAACGGUGCUCUCCGGCAGCCCGUUCAUGCUGAAAACCCCAGCCACGAACCCCAACGGCAGGAAAACGACAGUGACGUUUUCGACGCAUCUCAAGGCGCGCCAAACCCGUGCAUGA